GUUUUUUUUUAUUUAUGUAUAAGGUUAAGGUAGGAUGAUAAGUUGCCUGCAGUAAGCUGCGCGAGAGAGAAAGAGAGAGAGAGAGAGAUAUGCAAACGGAGUUUCUUUCCUUCAGAGUGGUGUUUCAGAGCAACUUUACAAAAAACUGAGUUGGCAGGUGAGUGAUCACCAGCAAAAGUCAGCUAUGUAAUCAGAACCACGCGUGAUAUGUCAAUAGGAGCAAAAGUAUUUAUUUGAUAAUGCGAUAUAAUAAUAGUAAUGAUUAAUAAGUAGUAGAUGAAGAUGGUAUAAAAAUGAGCCGUAGUUGUGUGAUGAAACGAAUGACGGAAAAAAAAAAUGUAGUACAUGCAAUUGGAGAGAAGAGUGGGGUAUACGAGCAUCGUUUUCGAGGAUAAAUGGAUGAUAAUCCACUGGGCUGGUUUAGGCACCUGUAUUGGUGCAAUCGUAAUGCAUUGCCACCAAACGUCCAUCACGCUGUAUGCUCAUUGGAUCAUUGUAGUUACCAACGGUAUCUGGUGUUCUUGUAUUGCGCAUAGGAUCGUUCAAAAACUUUUGCAAGGAUGGGGUCCGUUUGGCCGCCGCCGUAGAAGGCUUCUUCUUGUGCUCUACUUUGGUAGAAUCGUCGCCCGUAGUAGUAGGCUCGACGUUGUGGUGCCAAAACUUGAGGAAUCGUAAUGAAAGCAUGUGGAGGGUCAUAAGACUGCAAGUGAUGGAGUGUACCGACGUGGUGGUGGUUGUUUAUUAUUGCUUUGCAAGUAGUAAAAAAGUAGAGAUAAAAGUAAUGAGUAGCAAGUAGUAGACUUUUUACAACAACAAAGUGGCC